UCGUAUUCCGGUCGCCAUGUUUAGCCGGAUUCACUCAGUUAAAUAGAAGAACUGCCUUGUCCUGCUUUCGUCAGUAGUUUUACUCUUUUAUAUAAUUAGUCCAUGUGUGUUUUCAGACCAAGUUAAUUUUUUAAAAUACCCGUGCCUUUGAUAACAUGUUCAGUAACUCUGGGUAGUAAAAGAACACUUUCAUUCUGUGUUAUGGACCCUCUCAAUCAUGUGGAUGUCAUGCACCUUCAGGAGUCUCGUUCCUCGGCUCUGGAUCUGUCUGUGGGUUGUAGGCAGGGCCCAUUAAACUCCAUGGAGGCUUUGGAUUUGGUGAAGAAGCCCAGCUGGUGUGGCAUUACCUCAGGGAGCAAGAGCGCUAAUAUGUCCGAGUCUCGGUCCGGUAGGUACAUCACUCGGCCUAGCAAACAGAAUCCACCUGAUCACCCAGAACCAGGAUCAAAGCAUCAUGGGUCAAGGGUUUGCGGGACAUCAUCCCAUGGCUCCUACUCUAUGCCCUUACCCCUGAUCAAUGGGUUGCCGUCCGUGGCUCAGAUACUGUCUCAGUGCCCACCAACAGACCAAGUGUUUGUGGAUGAUGCUGAGUACCAUGUGGAAAUGGACGAAGCGUUGACGCAAGCCAAGAGAUGCCGCAAGAAAGCCGACUGCGUGUUAGAAAACAGCACACUAGGAGGUAGGAUAGCACACAGUGUAUUAGAUACACAUCCACAAGACAUUUUGACCAGUUGUGGUGAAACAUAUUUGAGUGACACACUGUCAGGCAUGUCACAAAUUAAGGGCUCAUCACGUUUACCUCAGGACGGCAACGCUGCCGCAUACACACUACGUUCCACCAGCUCAGCGGUUGAGCAGACUGCCAUUGAAACUCUCGCGUCCGAAUGUACUGGCGCUGAAAAAACAUCUCCAUGCUCCGCUGAAUACAUCUCCAGUGACGAUGACAGUGACAUCAUUGAGGUGCCAGUAAGCAACUCCAGAUGCAAGACGCCUCCAAACUGGCGCUCCCGAACUGAAAGUGUUAUUGUUAACGACACAAGCCAUGGAAGACAAAGAACUUUCUCCACGAAGCAAGAAGUUGACUGUGAUUAUCAAAUAGACUGCUCUCCUAAAAAUGUGAACGUCUACGCAAUGGAUGAACCUAUUUUUGAAGACCGUGACGGUAGGACUGGCACCGAAUCCAAAUCGCUGCUGUCGUGGAUGGAGUCGGUCUUGAUACCCAUAUCCCCGCAGGACAGCGAUCGAGACAUGGAUGCUGCUUUUCCCCAAAACUGCCCAUCUACCUCAGAUGCAGAAAACGUGAGCGUCUUGACGUCUCCGGAGAUUGGGGUGUCAUCUUCGACGCCAAGCCAUUCGCGGAAGACUCCGGCCUCAAAGAGUAGGAAGCGAACAAAACCAAGGCCCAAACCGAAACCCAAACCCAGAGCCAAACCGAAGAAACCAGCUAAGCAGGUGAGGGCAUCACCAGGCGGCAAAUCAGCAGCGAGUAUAGCUAAGAGAAGACGCAGAAAACCUCGGACGUCUGGAGCUUCAUCCAUGUUUUUGCCUAAAGAGCCGGAGAUCAAACUCAAAUAUGCAAACCACAAAGAAGAGAAGAAAGACGCCAGGCUGGACGGCUUCGCCCCCUACAUUCACAUGGAGUUCUCAUCCUGCACAAUCGUCAAUUUUAGGGAAGAGGACGAUUAUUCAACAAGGAAAGGAUCACAGCAGGCAGUCUCGGGUGUCAUCCCGAAAACUUCCUGUUUGCAACUGGGCCGUGUUGGCUCCGAUGCCAGGUUUCAGGUCAGGCAUUUCUGCUGCUUGUGCGGGAGGGCUGGCAAUACUGAAGGCCUCGGGGACUUGCAUGGACCGUACUACUCCAACGGAGCUCAGUCCGUCUGUAAGGCCGACAGCAGUCCCGCUGCACAGAAGCAAGACCCCGACUGCAGCGAUUUGGACUCUGUUUACAGUUUAGAGGAUGGUGCGUCCCAGUCCAUCAAACGGCAAAGGAAGGAGAACUGCUCGGAGAACGCGGAGGAGUCUGGUGUCUGUAGUGAGCACUGGAUACAUGAGGACUGCAGCAUUUGGACCGCAGGCAUCUUUUUGGUUAAAGGGAAACUCUACGGAUUGGAGGAAGCCAUCCGGCUUGCACAAGGAACAGUGUGUUCGCACUGUCACAUGAUUGGUGCCACUUUGGGAUGUUUCUUCAAAGAUUGCCCCAAUAAGUACCACUUCCCCUGUGCCCUGCAGUCAGACAGUGCGCUCAAUGAGGAGAACUUCACAAUGAGAUGCCCGAAGCACAAGAAUAAAACAUCCAGAUUGAGCGUUAGCAGGCUGAAGAACAGAUGACAUUUGGGAGGUGUUGAAAUGUCUUGGAAGAAUGGCAGCACAACUGAAAGGUUUGUUUGAGCUGCGCCCUCUACUGUACAGGCAUGAAUUUGCGUUAUCUUCAGCCUGAGGCUUAUUCAUUUCACUUUUGGUUUUAAAGGGUCUUUGAUUUUUGUUUUGUUUUUGUUAUUAAAAAACAAACAAACAAGAAAGCCCUGCUCAGGUGAGAAAAAGUAAUGUAAUAUUACUUUCCAUAAAAAGUAACUAAGUAACACAAUUAGUUACUUUUUAGGGAAUAACGCAAUAUUGUAAAGCAUUACUUUUAAAAGUAACUUUCCCCAAUACUGCAUAUGAGCCACUUAUCAUAUGACAAACUCUUCUUUUGGUGACAUUUGCAUUAUUCAGCAUGAAAGAAAUAUUAACUUGUUUGAGUUAUCAUUAAUCUAAGGCUAUACACAACGAUAUACUUUUCCUUUGUGUUUUUUUGCGUUCCCCGUUCGAUCCCCGUUCACACAGACUAAAAACACUGUAUUAUUCAUGUCAGGCCAGCAGUUGGCAUUGCCACUUUGUAAACUAUUGUACUUUGUAACACUUUGUCUAUCUAUUGACUAAACACGUAAUACGCAUGCGCAUGACAUUACCGUUUUCACAGAUUUGUGUUUUUGUAUAACUGUAUAGUUAUAUAACUGUAACAUUUUCAGGCCCCCAAAACGCUGUUGUCGUAUAAACGAACAGCCAAAACGCAUGAAAAAUGUUCUGAUUUUAGUUGAAAAUGGUGUUUUAUGGUAUAAUGAUCAUUUGUUUUUCUUUGAUCUUCCUCCGCAGGUAGACUUCAACAGACAUUCGGUAAUCUGUCUGCGGAGUGGAUCCCUGAAGUGUUUACAGAUUGUUCCAUUUGAUUUUGUACUUCACGUGUUUGAGUGUUUACAUGUACUCUGAGGCAGCUGAAUGUCCGGGAUUGGAUGUGCUGUAUCUGCGCUGCAGACGGCCGCUGCCUUUUUGCCUGUCGCUUGAGUUGAAUGGUACCCUGGACAAUGCUGGAUGAUUUUCAUAGCAUUCCUCUGCUUUCUGAAUUCAUCCUCUGCAGACUUUACAACAUGAAUGACAUCUUCAUUUCACCGAAGUUUACUCAAGGCCAAAUAUCUCCCUCUGCUUCAGACUGAAUCCUGUAAAAGCCCUUUGCAAUGUUAUGGCAAGUUAAUAAUGAGAGCCCCGUUUCAUUUUAAGUUUCAGUACGAGUGCACUGAGCAGAAGUGCUUUUUAUUUUUUUAUUUUUUUUCAUUCUUAUACAAAUUCCAGCAUCUCAUUGUUUAUUAAAUAUGUAACAUGAACUGACCAUUCUUUAACAGUGAUGUCUGUAUCACAUAAAACUGAAAUGCUGAACGAACUAGUCUCCUCCAGUGGUACCGUAUGCACUAGUAUGUGAACAUAUUUAUUUCUAUUUAUGUUUAAUGCAUAUGUGUAUAUUUAUUUGCCAAUGAACAGCCUCCUUUAAAAAGACAGAGUGUGUUUUAGCACCUUGUAUAAAUGCAGUAAAGGAACAUUAUAAUUUGAUGUUGGUAACAGUUACAGGGUGCUUUAAAUAUGAAUCUGAGUUUUCAUUUGAAAUUGUUGCCUGGGAAUCAAGGGGUCACGGCGUCUGUAGGAUUUUCCAUUUCACCUGAUGCCUUGUGAUGUCUCGAGUUAUGUUUCAAUAAAUGUUUUUAUGUUCUACAUUCCUAA